UUUCUCUUGAAUGAUUUAUAGGUCACUGAAGUGCAGGUGGAGGAAGUACAGGAUAUUGAAGAUGUAGAGGAAGAUGUCCAACAGACAGAAGAAGAGGUCAAUAUGAACGAAGUACAUGGCAUGGACCAUGGAGCAAUACAACAGAUGCAAGUCCAAGGUGUACAUGGGUUACAUAUGGGUGCUGGUAAUAUAAACCAGAUCUCUGAUGUGAACAGCCUUGACCACUCUGGGGUUCAUCCACAGGUCCUUCAGACGGUCCAGUUACCGUCCGGUCAGAUACAGCACAUCGCCAUGACAUCCAUGCCACAGCAGGUGCUAGGGUCAGUGGGCACCAUGGGUUCUCCUCAAGCCACUCCAGUCGAAGCGUACAAGGUUCAACAAGUUCAGAUCAACGAUCAGACAGUGGAGCAGUUGGUACGAGUUCAAACGUCCGCAGGGACGACGGUCACCACGAUAGAUGCUGCAACGGCCGAGAGGCUGGUGAAGUUGAGAGAAGAAGACCUGAUCAAAUUCUCUGCUGCUCAGGGUAUAACCCAGGCUCAGAUGAUGGCCAAGCCUGGCAUAACCGCACCACGGCCCAUUGAACUGUGUGCAGUCUGUGGAGAUAAAGCCUCAGGUCGGCAUUAUGGUGCCAUCAGCUGCGAAGGCUGCAAGGGCUUUUUCAAGCGCAGCAUACGCAAGCACCUGGGCUACACGUGCCGCGGGAACAAGGACUGCCAGAUCAUCAAGCACAACCGAAACCGCUGCCAGUACUGCCGCCUGCAGAAGUGCCUCGACAUGGGCAUGAAGUCGGACUGUAAGCGCGGGAGAGUUGAUCCUCCCUCCUCUUCUUCCACUGUACAGUGUGAGAGGUCUCCCCUGAAGACAAGGGAUAAGCCACAAGGAAACUGCGCUGCAUCAACCGACAAGAUCUACAUCAGGAAGGACAUCAGAAGUCCUCUGACCGCCACACCAACCUUCGUCACAGGCAGUGUCCUGGCAGGAGGUGAUAUGAAGAGUCCACAGAGCACAAGGCAAGGUCUGUUUGAUCAAGGUAUCCUCUUGAAUGUUCAGACUACCCCUACGACGUCACCGUCGGCAUCAACCUCGGAUUCGACCACGGAUCUCAGCACUUUAGCCAGUGUCGUCACAUCCUUAGCCAAUAUGAACAAGAAGACGGAAGAGGGCCCUAGUCAUUCACAACAGAUAUAUUCUCCAUCUCAGACCCUACAAAUCAUAUCAAAUGGUGACCAGGAUGUUCAAGGAGGGGACAAUGUCUCAAAGGCUUUUGAUGCUCUUACCAAGGCACUCAAUACAUCAGGGGACUCAGAAGCAGGGGAAUUAAGUAUCGACCAAUCAGCGAAUGGAGGCUCGUCCGAUGUAGAACUGGUGAAACUCGAUUCGCCCAUGCUCUCGGAACAUCACAUGCAGUUCAAACUGACCACACCCACCCCAAUGCCCCAAUUUCUCAAUGUUCAUUACAUCUGUGAGUCUGCGUCAAGACUACUCUUCCUCUCCAUGCACUGGGCUAGGAGUUUACCGGCCUUUCAGGUUCUCAGUGCUGAUACACACACAUCAAUGGUGCAGAAAUGUUGGAGUGAGCUGUUCACGUUAGGACUAGCCCAGUGUUCCCAGGCAAUGGCGCUAUCUACCAUUCUCACAGCAAUCGUAAACCAUUUACAAACAAGUUUACAACAAGAUAAACUUUCAGCUGACAGAGUGAAGGCAGUGAUGGAACAUAUCUGGAAGCUUCAAGAGUUUGUUACGACAACGUCAAAAUUAGACGUGGAUAAUAAUGAAUUUGCGUACCUCAAGACCAUUGUACUUUUCAGUCCAGAUCAUCCUGGUUUGAGCAAUGUCCGGCAGAUUGAGAAAUUCCAAGAGAUGGCCAUAGCAGAGCUUCAUGACUACGAGGCCCACACCUACCCCUCUAAACUCAACCGCUUCUCCAAACUGCUGCUCCGCUUGCCCACCCUAAGGCUCCUCAGUCCCGCAAUCAUGGAAGAAUUGUUCUUUGCCGGUUUGAUCGGAAACGUUCAGAUAGACAGCAUCAUCCCGUAUAUAUUGCGGAUGGAAACAGCCGACUAUAACUCUGCACAGAUUACGAUGUCCGCGUCUCCGUCAUCGUUAAACGGUUGACCGUAAGAAAGAGUGGUGCAAGGGUAACUUUACUAGGAGGACCAAAUAUGGACUCGUUCUUGAACAAAGUGGCAAGGAGCAGAAUCGACCUCAAAUGCGAGAAGACAAAUGCAUCUUUCGAAGACACCAUAGAUUCGCAGGAUUCUGCAUCUCGAGUAGUCGGAACUUGUAAUCAUCAAACAAAUACCAAGACUUUUGCUGGAUCAACAAAUGCUGGCACUGCACAGGGCUUUUGAAAGUUCACUAGUUUGUGAUUUAUGCAUUCUGUCUGUUUUUAUUUUAUUGUUAUGUUCAUGUUUUCUCGUGGAGAAUCUGAGGGUAAUUCUUUACCUAUUGAAGUGCAUUAUGUACAUUUCUAUUAGAAUACAGUAAUAUUCUUGUCAAUUUUUCUCUUUCAUUUUAAUUAAUAUUUACUUUGCAUUUAAAUGAGAAACUAGUACCUCUGUGAUGCUAUCAUUUCACACAGAAUCAUGUGACUCUACUGACUCUAACAAAAAAACAUAAUUACAAUCCAUGGUAAUAUUUAUUUACUUUUACUUGAAGUCUCAACCUGUGUAUUGGUUGGUUAGUUUUUUUUAGUUUUUUUUUGUACUUCAGAAAUCUAUAAUGGCUAUACAACCUCCAAACAGUGGUAUUUAAACAGAUAGCAUGUUUAUUCUCUGUUCAAAUGCACAUGUUCAAUGAUAAAAUAUCUUUCAUUCGUCAUCACUGUUGAACACACUAUUUGUAAUUCAUCAUUUUCAAUUAUCACUUGACGAUUGAUACAAUUUUCAGUGCAUGGAAUUCAUGGAUUGUCUCUGAUGAAAUUAUCUAUAAACAUUCCUUGUAAUUUUGGGGUUUGGUGUCAAAUUUUCCUUGCAAGCGUCCCAUUCUAUGUUCAACGGUUUUGUAGGUAUGUCUUUUUAUCACAUUCACUCGCAUGUAAUGCAUGAAAGAUAAGCUACAUCAUCUGUCAUAUUAUUCAUAUAUUAGACAUACACCAAAUAGAUUCAUCGACACAAAGCUUUAUCUAGGUGGGUAUUUCUUUGUUAUUUAUUAGAAGAUAUUUGUUAUAUACCAGGGGAAGGUCUUCUGUCCAGCACUUGCUAUAUCUUACAAGUUAAGCCAAGUAUUUGAUAAAUGUGUAUAUUUGUUUGUAAUUUUCAUGAAUUUGUUUUAGAAUACCUUGAUAAGAUUAUAGUCAUGGAAUAUUUCAUUAUCAAAUCCAAUGAAAUGUAAAACAUAAUGAAAUUAAAGUUAAGAUAUUGAUAAUGGCUAAUUUCAGCUUUAACUUACAAUGUA